UAGAGCUGUCAAAAUAAAUGAUUACUCGAGGUGAAUAAAAUUACUCGUAUCAGUUUUUAAACUCGAGUUGCUCGAGUAUUCGUUCCAGCUCUAAUAUAUAUUUUAAAAAAUGUAAUUAAAGAUUAUUUUUGUUUCAGUUGCACAUGCAAAUGCAGUACAGACUGCAGUAUAAAGUGGUUGCAAUCGCCUGUCAUCUCACAUGUUGAUUUCGGCCUGAAAAAUCUAUCCAAAGCUUAUUUCUAUUUAGCAACAAAUUAAAAAUUAUCCCUAUUGCACUGGUUGCAUUUUUUCAUAUAGGCUAGGUUCAUACUGCAGGCCGUAACAAAUCUGAUUUUUCUUCAUAUCUGUAUUUUUUUCAGACUGCAUUUUCCAAUGAGCCCGUAAAUGUAGUACACAUGCGCACUAACUCGCAGUCCGACACACGCUGAGCAAACUGACCCACAUGCACAGAAGCAUCAAAACAAAUGACGACACAUGCUGGCUCUACGUCAUCCUAGGGUGAUCACAUUUUGAUUUCCAAAAAGAGGACACAAAUAACAGCAUGGUUUUCCAUAGGAUUUUUUGAAGCUGUGGUGGUGGUGGGCUACAUUGGAGUCAGACAGUCCCAACAUGUUGUGCCGUGGCGAAAUUGCUUUAUAUCACUUUCUAUAAAGAACCACAACAAAUAUCUAUUUGAAAUAUUUCGUUAACCAGGCUAAUGUCUUAGAUCUCGUUACAUGUACGUAAAAUCGUAGAUGAUUACAGCUACUUACAUCUCAUAGUCCUUUUUUCUUUUUCUUUAUUUGGCCCUAAUACAUUCUACAUUACCACAAACAAUAAUUGUCCGUCUGUUAACGGACCACUGUCCGUUGACCACUUAAAUCUUUUCUUUAUACGUCAAAAUACUCAUCUGAAAUUACAACCAGUGAUAUCAGCAACAAACACAUGCUAUGAUAAUACGCGAAGAUCCGGUUUAAACCAGUGGUGUCCAAACUAUUCCACAUAGGGCCGCAGUGGGUGCUGGAUUUUAUUCCAACAAUACCAGACGACACCUUUUCACCAAUCUGGUGUCUUACAAGUGUAUCAGUUGAUUGCAGUCAGGUGCUACUUGUUUUAGCAAAAACUUCAUUCGAUAAACUGUCUGUGUGUGAUUGGUAGGAACAAAAACCAGGACCCACAGCUGCCCUUGAGGACAGGUUUGGACAUGCCUGGUUUAAACACAUACCAUAAAGAACUUAAACGUUAUGUCAUUGUCAAUAUUAAGGUCGUUUUCACAGGCUUAAACCAGAAUUAUAUUCUGUAACUUGAAAUACCUUUCUGUGGAUUUUUCUCCCACUUUCCAACUUCGCACCAGUAUAGUCAGGCACAAGCUUGGAACAGGAGAACCGAUGUGAUUUUAAAAAUAAAGCGUGUAAAGGAACAAUUUUAUUCGACGUGCUGUUUCAGACGACUUCUAGCUAAUAGUGUAUAAAUAGUGAGCUGCAAAUAUUCAUUGAGACAUUGUACUGCCCAAAACAGUACGUUUCCUUAUGCACUGCCUGACAGCCAGCCAACACUGAACGUAUUGUACUUCAAUGAACAACAAGGCUUGGUCAUACACAUGUUUAAUACUCAAUACAUUACAAACUAUACAACACACUUACAUACACAACUAUUAUAUAGAUAUCACAGCUUGCUUGAGCUACUACUAGCCUUAAGCACAGGCUGGCUUUUAUAAUACAACAACAAGACUUAAGAAGUUUUGUACAUAUGACUUUUUCUCUACAGAGGUAUGCAUAUACUGCGCAUCAAUAGGUUACUGUAAAAGUAAAAUGUUUACAGACAUAUAUUCCUGAGGUGGGAACUUAGCAGAAAGCACUCACGAUUGUCAAUGCGACCGAUAGACACACCACCGUGCAAGUUGUGAGCCAAACUGUCACAAAAUGGACGCAGUUAAUUAUUUAGACCGACAGGUGUCAGCAACGGACUGCAAAAGGUCAAAUGUCCACUUUUCUGCGACCUGUUCCGUUCAGACUGUCGGAUUAAUGCCUGACUGGAGUCGGAAAUUAUGAAAAAAAUCGGAUUAGUGCAUUAAGACCUGCGGUAUGAACCUAGCCAUAGUAACACAAUCACAUUCCUAUUUUUGUUAAACAAAUAGCCACUGAAUUCUAAACACUCUUGGCCUCUCCGAUUCAAGACAAUUUGAGAGCAAAUGAACCACCUUGAAGAAGCUUCAAUUGGCCAUCACCGCUCAAUCGCUCACUUUCCUUGAAAUACACAGAAAACCCCUGCUGCCACCUGCUGUCAACGCUGUUGUUGUUCCUAAAUAUUGCAACUUGUGCCUCAUGCCUCCCAGCAUGCAAUGCAGUGCAGAGGAUAUAGAUAAUGUUCAAAAUUAAUGUUCUAUGCUAAUUAUUUCUUUAGAGACUGUUCCAAUUCUUUCAGAAAGACUGCGGAUUCAUCUUAUUUUGUGGAUUAUUUCGUUUAUUUUUCGCAUCAUGCCAGCCCAAUGUGCUGCAGGCUUUUGUUGCUGCACCAGGUGGAGGCGUGUGAGCCUUUUUGGGUUUCAAAAAGUUCCCGUUCCCCGCUGAUAAUGGCCAAAACAAGUCCAACAACUAGGAAGUGAGUAAACUACGUGUUUUAUAUUGUGUCAAAUACUGGGAUCAUGGCACACGUUUUAAUAAGGAGGUGGCUUGCAUUUUGUGAGUGACAAAGCUCCUUGUCCGCUGAGAAGACACUCGGCCGACGACCGGCGGCUUUUCACAAACCAUGGUCACUUCCACCCCCUCCGUCCUAUUCACGUGCCCGCCAAGAAUGCGGUUUCCUCGGCUUGGCUACGAGCAGCCCCCGCUCCGACGUCGGCCGGUUUGGCUGGCCGAUCCAGCCCGCUUGGUCCUAUUCGUGUGCCCGCCGAGAAUGCGCUUUCCUCAGCUUGGCCACGAGCAGCCCCCUGCUCCGACGUCGGCCAUUUUGUCCACCGAGAAUGGGUUAUUUUCGACGUUCAUUCCCAGCGACGAGCAUUGCCAGCCCACUGUGGCCGCGGCAGAAAGACACUCUUUCCUCUGUCUCCAAAGCCAGGGCAAGGAAAUGACAAAAGCCAGACUAACUCCGGUGGCAUAAAAUACCGUUCGGGAGAGGAAGACGUUGGCAGUUUUGACCAUUAUACAGUAAUUUUGGCCUAUCGUACUGAAUAAAUGCAUUUUUAAUAUUUCAUAUUCCAUUUAGCACAAGACUGUUAUUUGUCAUGACCAAACCAUUUAUUUAGCAAUUGAGGAAAAUACUUGGAUAAAAAUAAUAUCCUAUAAAAAUAUUGGAGAGAUUGAAACAAUCAUGACAUUUUACUCCUCUCUGUCGUAUUUUCCUCAUUCUGAAUCUUCCCCCUCAAUGGGCUGAAUACUAAAUCAGAUGAAAUCGUGACCCUGCCGACCUCACCAUCCAGCUGGGGGACGCUAGGGCGCUUUACUGACAGGCGGGUUUUAACGGCAGAUUAGAAGACUAAUUUCUCGCCAUCCGCGCUUUGCCAAAUUGUUGUAUAUAGUCGAAUCGUAUGAAAAUAGAAUUCUAAUUCACAUAAUAAUGUAAUUUAAGAUUUUUUUUAUGCCGUCACAGACACGUUAAGGAAAAAAAAACAAAAACAACGCACCGCGCUAAAGUUCAAAACAGCAAAUAAAACAGGUAUAAUCUGAAAACAUUAAAACCCUUAAAAUAAAACCAAGCUACUCUGGUCUGAAGAAAAAAUAGGUCUAAAAAGGUGGGAUUUUAACCGUGGUUAAAGACCUACUUUAACCAUUGUGUUGUGAACUUAAUAAUUGCAAGCAGUAAAAUUUACUUAAUAAAAAUAGUGCAAAUUGUUACAAUGAUUCUAUCAAGUAAAUCCACCAGUCAUGUUUUUUCAGUGUAGAUUCGUAAUGGUGCGGAUUUCAUAGGGAAAGCUAUUCCACAACCUGGAGGCAGCAACUGCAAAAAAUCGGCCACCCCACUGUUUAAUUCUCAACCUUGGAAUGUGCAAAAGAAGCUAGCCGGUAAAAUUAUAUCGCGAUUCACUUUUUCAAACUUGAUGCGUAUCGUGACGUUUUUAUAUCACGAUAAAUUGUCAAUACUUUGUCCCAGAUCUACAGUAGCUCCAACUUUGUUGGAAUCUGGUAUGUAAAUUUUAAUAAAAAACCAAACCUUCUUCAAAUAGUUAUAUUUGAUUAAUCAAAUGUUCACUAGAGUAAUUAUUAAAAAAAAAAAAAAAAACUUGUUGUGACAGCCCUAAUAAAAUCUUUAAUAGUAUAACGCUGGAAUUCUGUUUUCUUGUGCGUCACUCUAAUUUUGGGAAAACACCCCGUUCUCUCAUUGUGGCCUAUCUUGUGACUUUAAUUUGAUCAGCAAUGAGAUAUUGUGCCCAAGAAAAACAGCCAGAGAGAGAUAGAAUGUGUGGCUGAUGACAUGUCAAUCACUUCUUGUACACUCAUGGACACACUGAAGCAGCCACAUCACCGUGAAAUUACACUAACCCAUUUUGUCUUUGCCCCACACACACAAUGAUGAUCGAUUUUUUUUUUAUUGCUCUUGUGAAAUUAAAGUGCAAUUCUGCAUAGUUUUAAGAAACACUCGGGAAUUUUAUUUUGUAUUCGCAUUUAAUGCUCUUUUGAAAGUGCAAUCUUGGCAAGAUUUAUUCAGCAACACAUUAAAUGUACUUAAUCCAAUUACUCGUUUGAACUAACUAAUUAAUAGAUUAAUCGAUUACUUAAAUAAUUGGCAGCUGCAGCCCUACUUGUCACAAUACCCAAAUUCUAAUUUUGAUACAAUACCACAGGAAAAACGAAAUCCCCCCAAAUAAAAAAAAAAUAUAUAUAAAUAAAAUAUAAAAUAAAAAAAGCCUGAAUGAUCUAUCGUUUAAACAUCGCCAUCGCAAUGUGUGCAUGCGCGAUAGUCCCAUCGCAAGGACGUGCGAUAGUUUUUUGUUGUUUUUUUUUUCCAAUCCACAAACCUUUGAUCUGCUUCAUUCGCUCGCACAGCCUCUCUCACCCCCUUUCCCAGCUCUCAGUCACUGCGGCACUUGCUUAUUAAAGUUAACGAUGGCUUUGAUCUGGCCAAAGAAGCCGGGCAGCAAUCUGUCAAUCAUCGUUUAACUUGUUAAACAGUUUCUGCAAAGAAGCGCGGGCUGGAAUGAAUGUGUGUGUCUGUGGGGGGAGAAUGUGGAGACGUUCGAGACAUAUAAAAUAAACGCCAGAAGUGAUUAUGAGGAGUUUGUCAUUUCUACAUGUCACUCCAAGAGUCACAGCCAUGUUAGGUAAACAGAAGCAUUUAAUAAAGCCAAGCAUUUUUCUACUACAGUACUUUAUUCUUGUUUAAAAAUGAUUCAGUGAGACAGUUAUCUUUAAAACUGAUCAUAAUUAUUACAUUUGAAGUGCUUAAAUAGCAUUUGUAUAUAUAUACAUUUGUUAAAAUCAUACUUUGGGGGAAAAAGUGAGAAAAAACAUGUAUGUUAUCUCUCAUCUGACCAAAGUACAUGGUCCCAGGUGUAUUUUUGUGUGAGACCAAGAUUGAGCUUUUUGGCAACAAACACUCUAAGUGGGUCUGGUCUGAGUCCAGGCGUUUUGCUUUGCUGCGUGCAUUCGCACAUUGACGUGACUCCUCAUCGUCACUCUAAUAACUGCAGCAGCUGGGGAAACCUCAAUGCCGUCCGUGGAAUAAAAUCAAUAAUAAAUAUUGGUGGAAACGGAUUACGCUACACAAGCACUUCAUUAUUCUUGUUGUUAACACUUGUGUAUGUAAAUCUGAUGUUGGUAGAUUGUUUUUUUCUUGGAGCUGAAAUGCACCAAAGCAUUUUUUAUUUUUUACAUAGCGUUUUGACAGUUGCUGUCAUAUUUUCGGAAUCAAAGCACUGUGUACCGGAACAGCAUUCCGGCCCUUAAUCUUAUACCGGAACUGCGUUCCUGACCGUUCUGGCCCACUUUCACCCCUGAUUAUUUUUAAUAUAGUUUGUGUUUUAUUUAAGACUAACAAUGUAUUGCAUUUCAACGGGGGAUUUAUUUGGAUGUAUUGUCCCUACAUUCGUGGUUAAAUUGGUUAAAAAAAAUGACAAUAAUACCGCAUAUCGGCAAUAUUUAGCCUACUAAAAUUUGUUAACGCGAUAGGCGUACGAAUACAUUUGAGUUUGUAUACAGUAUUCAGGAAAAUGUGUGACGUCUACUUUAUUUAUGAUUGUAUCGUAAGGAGUCUCAUGCCUUUUACUUCUCCUGUUCUAUAUUCUCCCUCUCUCUCUCUCCGUCAAUUCCAGGGCUUUGAUCCCCCUCAUCAAAGUGACACUAGGACAGUUUAUGUAGCAAACAGAUUCCCCCAGCAUGGCCACUACAUACCUCAACGUUUUGCUGACAACAGAAUCAUAUCAUCAAAGUAUACGAUUUGGAAUUUCAUCCCCAAGAAUCUGUUUGAGCAGUUCAGGAGGAUAGCCAAUUUCUAUUUUCUCAUCAUCUUUCUCGUACAGUUAAUGAUCGACACCCCUACUUCCCCAGUCACAAGCGGUCUGCCUCUUUUCUUUGUGAUCACAGUAACUGCCAUUAAACAGGGCUACGAGGACUGGCUGAGACACAAGGCUGACAAUGAGGUGAACGGGGCUCCUGUGUUUGUUGUUCGCAGCGGAAGCCUGGUUCAGACAAGAUCCAAAAACAUCAGGGUGGGGGAUAUUGUACGUGUGGCCAAAGAUGAGACAUUUCCAGCUGAUUUGGUGUUGCUAUCAUCCGAUCGAUCAGAGGGUACCUGUCAUAUUACCACUGCCAGCCUCGAUGGAGAGACUAAUCUCAAGACACACUACUCAGUGGCAGAAACCGCUAUAUGCCAGUCCGUAUCCCAACUGGAGACCCUGCAGGCUGUAGUGGAGUGUCAGCAACCAGAAGCCGACCUGUACAGGUUUGUCGGACGAAUAACAGUGACUCACAAUGGGGAAGACAUUGUCAGACCACUUGGUCCUGAGAACUUGUUGCUACGAGGGGCCAGGUUGAAAAAUACCAAAGAGAUAUUCGGUGUUGCAGUUUAUACGGGGAUGGAGUCAAAAAUGGCACUCAACUAUAAAUGCAAGUCCCAGAAACGAUCUGCAGUUGAGAAAUCUAUGAAUACCUUCUUAAUCAUCUACCUUGGGAUCCUGCUCUCCGAGGCAGUCCUCAGUACCAUUCUGAAGUAUGCCUGGCAAGCUGAAGAGAAAUGGGACGAGCCUUUCUACAACCAAAAGACUGAUCAAGAGAAAAACAGCAGCCCGAUCUUGAAAUUCAUCUCGGACUUCCUGGCAUUCCUGGUUCUCUACAAUUUCAUCAUUCCCAUCUCACUUUAUGUUACUGUGGAAAUGCAGAAGUUCCUUGGCUCCUUUUUCAUAGGAUGGGAUUUAGACCUUUACCAUGUGGAGAGUGACCAGAAAGCUCAGGUCAACACCUCAGACCUUAACGAAGAACUUGGACAGGUGGAAUAUGUGUUUACUGAUAAGACUGGCACAUUAACAGAAAAUGAAAUGCAAUUCCGGGAGUGUUCGAUCAGCGGAAUCAAAUAUCAAGAAGUUAAUGGCAAACUAGUGCCAGAGGGUCGAACUGAUGAUUCACCAGAUGACUCUGCACCUACUUUGGUUGGAGAUGAAUUGUUAUUUCUCAAAGCAGUGUCACUGUGUCAUACAGUCCAGAUCAGCUAUGACCAACCAGACUGCCUCUCUGGGGCUGCAGACCCAUUUUCGCAUGUUAAUGGAUUUUCAUCUAAUGAAAUGGAAUAUUAUGCUUCUUCACCAGAUGAGAAAGCUUUAGUAGAAGCAGCAAAAAGACUUGGUGUGACGUUCACUGGUAUCAGAGGUGAUACAAUGGAAAUAAAAACAUUCGGCAAACCAGAAAAAUAUAAAUUGCUCCAUGUGUUAGAGUUUGAUGCAAAUCGCAGAAGAAUGAGCGUCAUACUAGAGACUCCGUCAGGUGGCAAAGUGCUGUUUACCAAGGGAGCAGAGUCAUCCGUUCUUCCUUUCGCAUCUAGUGGUGAGAUAGAAAAGACGAGAGUCCAUGUAGACGAGUUUGCCUUGAGAGGGUUACGGACCUUGGUGGUGGCAUGUCGGCACUUCAGUCCACAGGAGUAUAUUGAAGUGGACAAGUUUUUGAAAAGUGCCCGCACUGCGUUGCAGCAGAGGGAGGAGAGACUACAAGAGGCCUUCAGUUACAUUGAAAAAGACCUACAAGUCCUUGGGGCAACAGGGGUGGAAGACAAGCUUCAAGACAAAGUUCAGGAGACAAUUGAGGCUCUGCGCCUAGCAGGCAUCAAAGUUUGGGUGCUGACAGGCGACAAACAUGAGACGGCAGUCAGCGUCAGCCUGUCCUGUGGUCACUUCCACAGGACCAUGAACGUCCUGGAGCUCCUGCAGCAGCGCUCUGACAAUGAGUGUGCUGAGCAGCUCCGUAGACUGGCUAGAAGGAUAAAAGAGGACCAUGUCAUUCAGCAUGGAUUGGUUGUGGAUGGAGCCAGUUUAUCUUUAGCAUUGAGGGAACAUGAAAAGCUCUUCAUGGAAGUUUGUAAAAACUGUACAGCUGUGCUUUGCUGCCGCAUGGCCCCACUGCAGAAAGCAAAGGUGGUGCGUCUUCUAAAAAGCUCUCCAGAGAAACCAAUCACCUUAGCUAUUGGAGAUGGAGCCAAUGAUGUCAGUAUGAUUCAAGAAGCCCAUGUUGGCAUUGGAAUAAUGGGAAAAGAAGGUCGCCAGGCCGUGAGGAACAGUGACUAUGCAAUUGCUAGAUUUAGAUUUCUGGCAAAACUUCUGCUGGUCCACGGUCACUUCUACUACAUUCGAAUAGCUACCCUUGUACAAUACUUUUUCUACAAGAAUGUGUGUUUUACUACGCCCCAAUUUUUAUACCAGUUCUUCUGCCUGUUUUCACAACAAACUCUGUAUGACAGUGUUUAUUUAACACUGUACAACAUCUGCUUUACCUCACUGCCCAUCCUGGUGUACAGUCUGUUUGAACAACUUGUUCAUCCACAUGUUCUUCAGAGUAAACCAGUCCUGUACAGAGACAUCAGCAGGAACGCUCUGUUAUCUUUCCGGACGUUCCUGUAUUGGACUAUCUUAGGAUUCUCUCAUGCAUUUGUCUUUUUCUUUGGAUCCUACAUACUAAUGGGCGAAGACACCACACUAAUGGGCAAUGGACAGAUCUUGCGAGCUAACAGGCAACUGAUGUUUGGUAACUGGACAUUUGGAACGUUGGUCUUUACAGUCAUGGUCAUUACUGUCACUUUAAAGCUUGCAUUAGAAACUCAUUUCUGGACAUGGAUAAACCACUUCGUGACCUGGGGCUCAAUAGCAUUCUAUUUCAUUUUCUCUCUGUUCUACGGAGGAAUCAUCUGGCCAUUCCUACACACCCAGGAUAUGUAUUUUGUAUUUGUACAACUGCUGUCCAGUGGCUCUGCCUGGUUUGCUAUCAUCAUCAUUGUCAUAACAUGCCUCUUUCCUGAUGUGGUGAAGAAGGUUUUCUACCGUCAUCUACGGCCCACCAGCACACAGAAAAGUCAGUCUUUAUCAGCCCAGCAGGCCCAGGCCCUCAGCUGUGUGGAGUCCUUGUGCUGCUACCAACAUGGGCAGAGCGGCUGUUCCCGCCUGGCCCGCCUCCUGGAACAAAUGACUGGACAUUGCCCAACCACCAGCAACCACUGUGACGCAUCCAGCCGCAGCAACAGGUGUUGGAGCGACACGGACAAUUUCUACUCCAACGAUCGGAGUAUCCUGACGCUGUCUCCGAUCGAGGUCACCCACUGCUGACCGGCCUCACCCCCCACCCAACUCUUCGUACCUGCCCUCAGCUUACUUAACUCGAAGUCUAUUGCAGAAGCGGGACUCGCUCAGCCGGAGCCGCAAAUGAAACCAAAGGUCGUUCGGCCAACUGAACGGUUGACGCUCCUCAGCGCGAGAACUUUGGAGGAGUCGAUGCUGCUUGAAGGACAUAUUGCACACUCCGUUAGAAAUCUGAUGAACGUUUGGUCCUUGACGUCCAGCUUACUAGUACACUCUUCAUAUUUACUAGCAAGACAAUUCAGCACUCUAGCAAUGACAGUGCGCUGAUAGAACUGUCUUCUAUUCAAAAGCCGAGAAUGAGCUUUAGCUGAUAGUAUUAACAAAGUGCUAGAUAUUAGCUUGUUUGACAUGCGUAGUACUACUGGAGCGCUACUUGAAGUGAAUUGUUCUAGUGUGAUGAAUUGUCCUACAAGUAAGGAGAAAGAUUGUUCUAGUAAGAAGUACUAUGUCAAUGAAGUCUGGGAGAAUUCGCUUGGAUCGAGUCUCUUCCAAAAACUAAGGUCACCUUUGCUGCUCUCUUGCCACUGCAAGCUGCACUUUCAUGUUUUGUCAAGUUUUCCAAAUGGACCAAAGCCCACCUCCGUGAGGUUGCCCCCCCAAUCAGACGCAAAUUUAGAGAACAGUGUCAUUUGUUUUUGCUAGGUUUGUGCUGCUAUCAUUUUUGAGAUAUUAACAAUUCUUUUAUAGCUCAAUCUGAGGACAACCGGUAAAAAUUGGCAAAAAAAAUGGUGUCGGUCAUUUGUGCUACAAUCGUUCUUGAGAUUAAUUUCGAGUAAUGAUGUCACGCGGUCCCCCCAUUUAUUGCAAAAUGGAUGUUUGUGCUCAUUUGUGCUGUAAAAAUUUUGUUUGUGCUAUCGUUUUUGAGCUACUGAUUUUGAGUGAUGACGUCAAUUGCAGCCUCUCAGUCACGGCUGACGGAGCGUACCAACUCGCUCUCAAUAACAGAGGGGUGUCCCAACAACUAGCGCAAACAUAGCACAAAUAAAUGGCACCCCUUUAGGUACAUUUUGCAGUAAAUUUGGGGAGAGGAGGGUGCGGGUCACGUAUUAUUUACUGCAAAAUGGACCCGAAGAGGUACCAUUUGUUUGUGCUAGGUUUGUGCUGCUAUUGUUUUUGAUGUAUUAACAAUUCUUUUAUAUAACUCCUAGCAAAA